ACUGCAAUGGGGAGCAUGGAGCAUUUGUUGGGGUUGGAAAGUGCUUAUGCUCAACUUGCAUUGUGUGCUGCAGACAAAGCCAACUCUUUGUUGAUGGGAGCCAGCAGGGCUGGUGUCAGUGGGGAACGCUCUGCCAGGUGUGGCAACAUGGCCACCAAGACUCGCGGGCCAUGCACCAGAUGUAGUUCUGGUCUCGUCUUCAACGCCUCCGACUUCCCGCCCAUUGACGGAUGUACCAACCAGUCGAAGGGCCAAAGUAGACUACACGCUGGUCAACGCAGUAAUCAGGUGUCGACUACAGCGAGGAGCAGCGCCGGCAAUGCUGCAACAGCCUGUUCUUCACGCAUUGGUGGCCCGGCUAGAGGUGGUGGUGGUGGUAGUGGGGGUAAUAAAGGAAACAGAGCUUCCUCCACUACACUUAAUGAGGAGGCAACCACGAAGUUUAGCAUGGAGAAAGAUUUUCCCGCCCUCCCUGUUGGUCAGAAACCUACUCCUUCCCCUCCUCCUCCUCCUCCUCCUCCUCCACCUCCUCCUCCUCCCACCAGCAAUUCUGCCUCCUCUCCUUCCCCCUCCUCCACCACCACCGCCGUCACUACCCAAUCCACUACUACUGCCACUGCUCCUACUGCUACUAAUACUCCAUCCUCGUCUGGCCGUGAUGCUCACGAGAAGGAAAGCACAUCCGUCACAGCAGAGAAAUCCUCCCACACCGUUCAAUUGCUUCCCAAUCACUACAUCACCGGCAUACCGAAUGACAUGGUCGACAACCAAUUUGGCAUGCUUGGUCUUCUCAAGCUCACUGAAAUCGAAGCACCUCUAGGUGCCUUUGCGCCGGGAAUGAGACUCAGCCGCGAAAAUUUUGACAACCUGCCUCCACCUGGUGAACUGCACAGCAGUUUCGCCUCACCAUUGGACGACCGAUACACACUGCCACCGCAUGAGACGGAAUGUGACGUGCCUCCGGAGUAUCGAGUGCGCCAUCGACUGGGACGCCGUCUUCCAGCCGAUCCGCCCUUACAACACCUCACAAACCAAAUACUAUUCUGGAUUUUCUACAGCCUCCACGGUGAGGAGGCUCAACUCGUUGCUGCAAAGGAGCUGUACAAUCGCAAUUGGCGUUAUCACAAGACGAAGAAGUGGUGGCUCACUCGUGUGCCAGGCACCAAAGUGAUUCGCCAAGGCAACACAGAGCAGGGCACCUACUACUGUUGGGAUCCAGUCGCCUUCAAGCAGGUCACCCAACACCUCACCAUCUGCCUCACUGACCUAGACGAUACACCCACCACCUAUCAAUUGUCCUCGCCCACUCUCAACGCCACAGUCCACUACUUACCCUCAAUCAGCCACCACCAGCCCAACCUCCACCACUGA